CAACCGGGCGAGUUUGCCCUGCCGGAAAAAAGCGCGCCACCGCGGCAUUUUACGACGUCGGCGGUGACAGGCCCUGGGAACAUCCGGCUUUCUCCCCACCGCCUGGAGAAGGCGAACGCGAUGUUCGGUGCCGGGGAUGAGGACGACACCGACUUCCUCUCGCCUAGUGGCGGUGCCAGACUGGCCUCUCUUUUUGGACUGGAUCAGGUUGCUGCUGGCCAUGGAAAUGAAUUCUUCCAGUAUACAGCUCCAAAGCAGCCUAAGAAAGGCCCGGGAACAGCAGCAAUAGGAAAUCAGGCAACACCAAAAACAGCACCAACCACAGCGGGCACUUCCACAGUACUGGUUGCAACAGCAGUCCAUGCAUAUCGAUACACAAAUGGUCAGUAUGUAAAGCAGGGCAAAUUUGGUGCUGCAGUCCUGGGGAACCACACAGCCAGAGAGUAUAAGAUUCUUCUUUAUAUCAGUCAGCAACAACCAGUUACUGUUGCUAGAAUUCAUCUGAACUUUGAGCUAAUGGUUCGCCCCAAUAACUAUAGCACCUUUUAUGAUGACCAGCGACAAAACUGGUCCAUCAUGUUUGAGUCGGAAAAGGCUGCUGUGGAGUUCAAUAAACAGGUGGGCAUUGCCAAGUGCAAUAGCACCUCUUCCUUGGAUGCAGUGCUCACUCAGGACCUCAUUGUGGCAGAGGGCCCUGCUGUGGAAGUUGGAGAUUCUUUGGAAGUGGCUUAUACUGGCUGGCUCUUUCAGAAUCAUGUGCUGGGCCAGGUUUUUGACUCUACUUCUAACAAAGAUAAGUUGCUUCGCCUGAAAUUAGGAUCAGGAAAAGUCAUCAAGGGCUGGGAGGAUGGAAUGCUGGGAAUGAGAAAAGGAGGAAGGAGAUUGCUUUUCAUCCCUCCAGCCUGUGCUGCUGGCUCUGAAGGAGUAAUAGGCUGGACUCAGUCCAUGGACUCAAUCCUGGUGUUUGAAGUGGAGCUUAAGCGGGUGAAGUUUGCCAGAGAUUCUGGCUCUGAUGGGCACAGUGUUAGUUCCCGGGAUUCUGCAGCUCCUUCUCCCAUACCUGGUGCUGACAACCUUUCUGCUGAUCCUGUUGUGUCACCACACACAUCGGUGCCUUUCAAAUCAGCGGAGCCAGCUCUUCAUACCAAAUCUAACUCCCUCAGCGAACAGCUUACAAUAAAUACAAAUCCUGAUACAGUCAAGGCCAAGUUGAUCUCUCGGAUGGCUAAAAUGGGCCAACCCAUGCUGCCCAUUCUUCCACCACAGCUGGAUUCCAAUGACUCAGAAAUUGAAGAUGUGAAUACCCAACGAGGAGCUGGACAGCCCCUGGUGACUCCAUCCGUACGGCCCACUCUUCAGCCUGCUCAUCCAGCGUUACCACAGAUGACUACACAGGCCCCUCAGGCAUCUGUUUCUGGGCUCCAAGCACCCUCUGCUACCUUAAUGCAAGUUGCAUCUCUUGAUUCCCAUUCAACUGUGUCUGGAAAUGCCCAGUCCUUUCAGCCCUAUGCAGGUAUGCAAGCCUACACAUAUCCCCAGGCAUCCUCAGUCACCUCCCAGCUGCAGCCUGUUCGACCCUUGUAUCCAGCACCACUGUCCCAGGUUCCCCACUUUCAAGGAUCAGGUGACAUGGCUUCAUUUCUUAUGACCGAAGCCCGGCAACAUAACACUGAGAUUCGAAUGGCAGUAAGCAAAGUGGCUGAUAAAGUGGAUCAUCUCAUGACUAAGGUAGAAGAGUUACAGAAGCAUGGUGCUGGCAAUUCCAUGCUUAUUCCCAGCCUGUCAGUGACGAUGGAAACAAGCAUGAUCAUGAGCAACAUUCAGAGAAUCGUUCAGGAGAAUGAAAGAUUGAAGCAAGAGCUACUUGAGAGGAGCAGUCGGAUAGAAGAACAGAAUGACAAGAUUAGUGAACUAAUUGAACGGAAUCAGAGGUAUGUUGAGCAGAGUAACCUGAUGAUGGAGAAGAGGAACAACUCACUUCAAACAGCCACAGAAAACACACAGGCAAGGGUAUUGCAUGCUGAACAAGAGAAGCUCUCCACACCAGCAGCGGAAUUCGGUCCAGGGUGGGAAUCAGGGAGCCAUCCCAUCCACUGCGCCAAGGUGACAGAAGAGUUAGCAGCAGCCACUGCACAGGUCUCUCACCUGCAGCUGAAAAUGACUACGCAUCAAAAGAAGGAAACAGAGCUGCAGAUGCAGCUGACAGAAAGCUCAAAGGAGGCUGGUCUACUUCGGGGCCAGCUUGCCAAACUGCAGGCAGAGCUCUCAGAGCUCCAGGAAACCUCAGAGCAAGCACAGUCCAAAUUCAAAAGUGAAAAGCAGAACCGGAGGCAACUGGAACUCAAGGUGACCUCCCUGGAGGAGGAGCUGACUGAUUUACGAGCUGAGAAAGAGUCCCUGGAAAAGAACCUCUCAGAAAGGAAAAAAAAGUCAGCUCAAGAGCGCUGCCAGGCCGAGGAGGAGAUGGAUGAGAUUCGCAAGUCGCACCAGGAGGAACUGGACAAACUUCGACAGCUCUUGAAAAAGGCCCGAGUGUCCACAGACCAAGCAGCUGCAGAGCAGCUGUCUCUGCAGGCUGAUCUACAAACCCAGUGGGAAGCAAAGUGUGAGCAUCUGUUGGCCUCUGCAAAGGAAGAGCACCUGCAGCAGUACCAGGAAGUGUGCGCACAGAGGGAUGCCCACCAGCAGAAGCUAACACACCUUCAAGAAAAGUGCUUAGCCCUCCAGGCCCAAGUCACAGCCCUCACAGAGCAAAAUGAACAGCACAUCAAGGAACAGGAGAAGAACAAGUCCCAGAUGUCUGGGGUUGAAGCUGCUGCUGACCCCUCAGAGAAGGUCAAGAAGAUUAUGAACCAGGUGUUCCAGUCAUUGCGGGGUGAGUUUGAGCUGGAGGAAUCUUACGAUGGCAGGACCAUUCUGGGGACCAUCAUGAAUACAAUCAAGAUGGUGACUUUACAGCUGUUGAGCCAGCAGGAGCGAGAGAAGGAAGACAGCAGCAGUGAGGAAGAUGAGCGGCCUCUUCGACCCUCCCAGGAGCGGUCAGCCCCAGCCACGUCUGGGCUGUGUUCCCCAUCCGAGAGUACGGAGGGGCAGGAGGCCACCGUGGUGCUGUCGGAGCAGGUAGUGGAAGAGGUCACCCCAUCGCUUCCACAGACUCUCCGCACACCUGAGGACAGUGUAGAGAGAAGGAAAGGGGAGCCGGUUACAGAGGUGCUUUCAGAGAUUGAAGAUGGUUUCCUCCCACCCAAACCAGCCUGUACCCCAUCUCACAGAGUUCUGGGACCCCCAACUUCGAUUCCACCUAAGCCUCCAGGCCCUGUACCUAUGAACUCUGAGACACCUGUUGCUGGCCCAAUGACAGCCAGGUCCGACAACACAGCAGGAAAGGUGCAUGUUGGGACAGCUCCAGAUGGCGCACCUCAAGAAACCUCCAGGAGACCAUCACUGACUCUAGACCCAGAAAAGGGGGACCCACCAGCCUUAGGGCCUGAAAGCCCAGGAGAGCCCCAGCCUCCACAGCUCAAUGAUGAUGAGGAUGUCACCAGCUCUGCUGAUCCCUUUGAGGAGCCACUAGGCUCUACAGCUGCAGGAACAGCCCUCAGACCCAACCAUGGCUCUCAGCAUUCCAGUGUCUCUGGGGAUGAAGAGGAUGAACUGUUUCAAGGGGCAACUCUGAAAGUUCCAAGGCCCAAAGCACAGCCAGAGGAGGAGGAUGAAGAUGAGGUGGUAAGGAAGUCCCAGGCCCUGCCAAGUCCUCACACCACCACCUGGGGGCCCUUCCCCACAGGCUCAGAGAAGAGAAAUGGAGUUUGUUGGUGGCCCACUCCCUGGACACUGUGUGUAGGGCCCUGUGGGAGCAGGCUUGGGGUACGGAGAGGGCAGCUUGGUAAGCACAGUGGGGACGGUCAGAUACCCCUUUACUCUUGAGCGAGAACAUAACUCUAUCCACAUGGGAAUUAGUCCCCCUUGAGGUGAGGAAAGCUGAGCUGCUUAGUCCUGCACUGAUGUGCUGGAACCUCAGGUUUCCCUACAUCUGCUAGGAUGUUAUUUAUGUUUUAGAAUUGCGGGGGUGGGGGAACUUUGAAGAUUAUCUUUUUGGGCAUCCUUAUUCAUAAACAAACUGGGUUCAAAAGAAUGACUUACCUAAAGCCACCAAAGCAGUUGAUUUUAGAGAGAGGGCUCAAUCCCCAGGCUCCGGGUAAGGCCACCUGUUUCUGAGCACCUUUGCUCACUGGCCUGCUUCCAGCCAGCUGCUCUGUUUUGUCAUCACAACACUCCCAGGCAGCAGGUGGGCCAGUACUGACAACAUGGCCUUGCUCUGUGGAGCAUGAGAAUGAAGGGCGGCAGGGCAAACUGCUGACAGAGCACUACUGGAGCCCAGCUCCUGCAUCUGCCAUUCCCUGUUUUGAUAGGGUAAAUGCUGCUGGUGCUCACUAGACCAUUUUGACUGCAGUGAUGAGAAUUUCACUGCCAUGAAAUGUGUAUGGUGAACAGAGAUGAGCUUCAGAUUGAAUCCAUGUUUCUAGGGACCGAAAUACAGGUUGAAUGGGGCAAGAUUUAUCCCCUCGUGUAUCAUCCAGAGUGGGUUUUGCCUUUUGCCAAAAAGCAGUGACAGAUCUGGGGUCCAGCUCAUAUAUACCACAGCACUUCCGUCUUGCCUGCCUGCUUUCAGGGGAAGUGCACUACUUCCUCCCAAUAGGUUUUCUGCCCAAGAUUUAGAUUCUCAUCUGAGAAUGCUGUAUAUAAAUUCUGCCCUAAAAAGAAAGAGGGAGGAUAAAAGGGAAAAAAUGCAAAUUCCAAGGGACUGUCCUAAAUAUAGUUGGAAUUUUUAAAUUAGUAGUAUGUUAUUGGUAUUAAUGCAAGUAUCAUCAAGUUAGCAGCUAUUUCUUAUGUAUUCUGAACACUACUUCACUGUCUCAUUUAAUCCUCAACUAAUGCAGUGAAGUAGGCAUCUUAUCCCAUUUCUUCUAGAUCAGAAGACUGAGGCUCAGGAUUAUUAAAUAAUAUAGCUUAUCUUCUGUGGUUGGGAAAUGUAGAAUCAGAACCUUAGUCAGAAAAAAGCAGAAGUGGUGAGCUACAUUUAAAAAUCUUAUACUGUCAGAUUUUUUAUAGCGAUCACUCAGUUGAUACUCAGAGAAAAGCACAAGGUCUGUUGGUAGCUGGACAGUGGACUAGCCCAGAGGCCUCUGCACACCACGCUGCCUCCUGUUAGCCAGGCUUCUGUGAAGAGAUCCUGGUCAGCUCACAGAGCAGAAAGGACAUUAGUGGAGACAAUUCAAUUUAUGUCUGUCUCUAACAUCAAUCCCUGCGGCCCCCAUGGGACCUGUUCCCUGCUAACCCAGAGGAAAAAGGUCAGGAGCCCAAGUCAUGAAAAGGGGGGAGAGUCCCCCCUCCAUGGCCUUUUGUGAUACCAUAGCCGAAGGCCUAGGUAAUCAACUUAUAAAAAGAAAAGGUUUAUUUUAGCUCAUAGUUUCAGAAGUUUUAGUUCAUGACCAAUUGGCCCAUUGCUUUUGGACCUGUAGUGAGGCAGCACCUCAUAGCAGGAGUAUGUGGAAGAAUAAAACCAUUCACUCAUGGUCAGGAAGUGAGAGAGAGGAGGAAGGAGGGGAUGGGUCCCACUAUGCCCUUCAGGGGGGCACACUUCCAGUCACCCAAGUCCUCUUGUUAGACCCUGUGUCUUAAAGUUUCCACACUCCAAAUAGCACCAAGCUGAGGACUAAGCUUUUAACACAUGGGCCUUUGGAGGACAUGUAAGAUCAAGCUAGCCACCUUAAUUUCCUGUAUCCCUUACCUGGUCAGUGGGAUGAGGGAGAAUAGUGUUGUGGGAAGCUGGAUCCUGUGUUUCUGGGCUUUCUUCAUCUCUUGGGAAUGUAGCCAAGCAUCUAAAUUAAACUCAUCUCAUUUUCAAAGGAUAAGGUCACAUCCAGAACCAGUCUGGCUACCUUAAGUCACAACAACUUUGUUUUCCAGUGUGACCUUUCGUCAUCUUCCUGAAUCUUCUCUCCUCCGUCGGGCUGCUCUGCUUCUGUUUCUUUCUCCCACUUACAUCUUCCUCUGUGACCCUUUUUUCUUCACACAAAAUGUAUAAGUUACCACAUGAGAGAAAAAUCUGUCAAAUCAUAUGCUUCCCAAAUAAAUGACAGAAUUAGCCGAA